AUGGAGACGCCCCCCGAAUUCCGGCGUUGCGGGCUGUCAGCCAGCGCUGUUGCCGCCGCGUGCGACAAAGCGGCCGAGGACCGGCGCCGUCAGACACCCGAUUACGAGCCCUUUGCUGCCGUGCAGAACGCCUACAAGUACUUGUGCGAAGAACUGCAUUUGCAAUUGGCAUCCGACGAUGUUGACAAACUUCGGAGCCGCAUCACCAACCCCGCGUACCACGAGUGUGAAGCUCGCUUUUUGUGCGACGCACUAGGCAAGGCGAUUUUCCAGAACCUGGCGAGGAAACACGCGACAGGCGGCGCACCCACGCUGGAUGGCUGGCGAAAGACGUCGAAGGAGAGGAGACGGCUGCUGGCGAAGAACGGAGUCGGCAGUGAGCGACUGGCGAAACUGCGAUACCAAAUCGACGAUUCGGAGUACUGGGAGUUGGAAGCGAAACACCUCAAGCAGAUCUGGCCCCUGAAAGAAGAAGAGGCCUGGGAGAAGCGCAGAAAGGCGCUGGCAAAACGCGAGAGGGCCAAGCCCAAGAGGCUGCGAUGCGAAGGCUCUCGGCGCUCUUCUCGUCUGCGCGAGCGGGAAGCCCUGGCAGGCCGGACGGGGGUCCCGUCACACAAACGCCGCGGCCAGAGGGUCUCGUCGCAGUGUCCCGCGUCCUCCCUCAGGCUCAACAUCCUUCUUCAUGACCCUCUUCUUAGAGUACUCACCCUUGGUAAUAAACCAUGGCUCCUGAGCGUCUCGACCCAGCAACAACCGCCGCCUCCGAACCCACCGCCUUUGACGGACGCAGAGGCUGCCAUCGACACGGAGUCGGAGCCGGACACAGACUACGCAACUGACACCGAGUCGGAGCCGGACAAGAAGUCGGGCGACGAGGAAGAAGCGGACGAGGCGGCCAACCUUGACGCCUCCAGCGACGCUCCACAGAACGCUGCUGGGCUACCGGGGAACCUUAAUACUUGGUCGCGCCCCCGUCCCAUCCGCCUGCGAAGUGGAAAGGGUGCAUUAAAGGGCGACGUCAUUGGGCCCCUUUUGGCCCUACGAGUCGGAGAAGACAUGUACGAUCCCAUGGCCGGCUGGGUGCUUGGUUCCUCGCGUGACGACGACUGUGAUCUGCGACUCUCCAAGGACAAUCGUUUUGGCGUCAGCAGGAAGCACCUUCGAUUUGACUUUGAGCUCGCUUCGAAACGCCCACGCAUCACUGUGUCCUCCCGGAAUCGCCUGCGCGUUAUUGUGCACCAGACCCCUGGGGACCGCGUAGUCAUCCUCCAGAAAGGAGAGUUAUUGACGAUCAGGACCUCGAACCCUAUCACCGUUGACUUCAGCUGGCAUAGCUUCGAGGCAUGGUACAUCACUUCUGGAAAGUACUUCGCCGCCAAGGAACCGCGUUGGCGAAGCACGGACAGCGCCAGCACGGUCUUAAGUCGAUGGGAAGACUACAAGACCCAAUACGCAUUACUCGAGAAGCUUCGACAUCCGCAUAUCGUCAAAGUCCUCGAGCUGCUGCUUGACAAGAAGCAACCGCCGUGGCUGAUCAUGGAAUACGUCCAAGAUAAUCUGGACACUGCAGUGGCCUACAUACACACGCGGGACUUUGUUCACCUCGACAUAAAGCUCUCUAACAUUCUUGUUCAAUGGGACGGCAACGAACCCGCCGUUAAGCUCGCCGACGUUGACACCACAAGAACCACCAAGACCCUUCCCACCAUGACGACCUUCGUCGGCACCCCCGUGCACAUGGUUCCGGAGAUCUGGAGACACGAGGGACCGUCCGGCAAGCCAACAGAUAUGUGGACUGUCGGACUCGUGGCACUGCAGCUCUUCACCACCUGGCGAUCGGAACAAGAUACGUCAUAG